AUGCUUCUCGGACGUCCUAAAUUCUUAAAACAGCUCGCGGCGGGAUCAUCGUCUAUCAUUAGCACUAGAAGAUGGCUAUCCUAUAACCCUUCCAAUUUUAGCUUCGGUGGUGCUGGAUAUAGCUCUACAGUCGACACCAAUAGCCCGACCCAGGGGCCUCUAGCUGAUGCCGCGAGUGUGAAGCUCACACCAAGAGCUCUGAAGCAGCACCUAGAUCGGUUCGUUGUAGGCCAGUCCAGGUCAAAAAGGAUAUUAUCCACAGCUAUCUACCAUCACUAUAAGCGAGUAACCCAAAUACGUCAGAGGCAGGAAGAGCAAGAUGAUCUAUUGAGGUCAAGCCAGGCAAUGGGUGCCCAUCCGGCUGAAGACGAGUAUCCAGGACAGCAGAGGACAGUACAUAUUCCGCCGAGAGGAGAUUACUUGCCGAUCCAUGAUUACACCCCUCUUACCAUUGAGAAGAGUAAUGGCUCUAGUAGAUGCCUGACCCAAUUCCAUGUGCUCAGUACUCUGUCUCGGCCCAACCGGAGUGGGCAAAACCUUGAUGCUACGUACCCUUGCAAGAGUACUAGAGGUUCCAUUCUCAAUGUGAGUGUCUUCUCAGAAGCUGCCUUUAUGUUUCCGGGGCCUGACAAGUGGAGGUCCGAUUGCACACCAUUUACACAAGCUGGUUAUGUCGGUGAGGAUGCAGAUAUUUGUAUCCAUCGGUUAUUAGUGGCAGCAAAUUGGGACGUGGGACGGGCUGAAACCGGAAUCGUCUGUCUGGACGAGUUUGAUAAAAUCGCUAAGCCAAAAAGCUCCCACGGAGCCAAAGAUAUUUCUGGCGAGGGUGUUCAGCAAGCUCUCCUCAAAAUCAUAGAAGGCACUACCCUUCAGAUAAAUACCAAACCCGAGCGUCGUCCCCCACAGGGCCUACCGCAAAACCCCAUUAAUGGAAGCUCUCCCUUCAACUCAGCAAGCACAGGGAUGGGUGGCGGCGGUGGGAGUAGCUCAGGGAAAGGGGAAACCUUUACAGUGGAUACAUCAAACAUUCUGUUCAUCUUCACGGGUGCCUUUAUAGGCAUGGAUAAACUGAUUAUUGACCGAGUCUCAAAGGGUUCUAUUGGGUUCAAUGCCUCGGUAAGGGGGGCAUCAGCUGAAGAUCUUGCUGAAGAUAAAGAGUUGAUGCAAAAAUUUACCCCUUUCUUUCCAACUCCAGAAGAGGAUGACUGGCUGGAUUUAGGCGGCGAGGUCGUGAAAAAGAAAAAGAAGUUUAACCCGCUACAGAUGACGGAGCCGGGAGAUCUAAUUAGCUUUGGCCUUAUACCAGAAAUUGUCGGACGUAUCCCAGUCAUCGCCGCCGUAGAAUCACUAGAUGAGGAGAUGCUUGUGAGAGUUCUGACAGAACCACGAAAUGCUCUUAUAAAACAAUACGAGCAAUUAUUUCAGCUCAGUGGUGUCGAGUUACGGCUCACUUCGCCAGCACUACGAGAGGUAGCUAAAGCUGCGCUUGCUAUGGGGACUGGUGCCAGAGGUCUGCGGACGGUAAUGGAGCGAUUACUAUCUGAUGCUAUGUUUGAAUCACCUGGCUCGAGUAUCAAGCACGUUCUUGUGACCGAAUCCGUAGCGCAGCGGAAGCAACCACCUCUAUACUUUGCCCGCGGUCAGCAGCAUAAAUUCCAUUCUAUGAUUGCAGCGGAGGAAGAAGAAUGGGCCGUUAAGCAGCAGCAUACCGGAAGACAAUCAAGAAUAACACCUUUUGAGGAUGUUGUUGUUGAGAAGAAGAGAGCUACUGGUGGCCUUUGA